AUGGUGGUUAUAAAAUGGACAUCGGUUCUUCCAAUUCUCUUGAUCUUUUUACGGACAUCAGAAUCUAUGGUUUCCGAAAUUCCUAUCGAUUUAGCAAAGGAACUUUUCAGCAAGAAAACCUACCAAGAAGCCAUGGGUUUUAUAACUGGGACAAAAAAUGACAGUGUAUUUGCAAGUACCCCGAGCAAAAUGGCUGCUCCAGAUAACUGUUCUCCACGCAAGACAACAGUAGUUAUUGAACAACCAAAAGAACGUAACGAUCUCUUUUGGCCAUCUUGUACUCGAGUAAUGAAAUGUGGCGGUUGCUCGGGACAUGAAUCUCAAGUAUGUGUACCGACUCACCGGGGGAAGACGAAAACUAAAAUUAAUGUUGUGAGAGUGCGUCUUCCUUACGCUGGUGCUGCUGCGUUCGAAUACAUCGGAAUGGAAAUGUUGGAAAUUGAGAGUCAUACAGAUUGCGUUGAAGAAUGUAGAAUUAAAGCUGAAGAUUGUGACGACUCUGUCCACGUGUAUAGCGAACAGGAUUGUUCUUGUCGCUGCAAGAAGACUAAAUAUGUCAAGUGUUCCGAUCCAAAAACUUGGAAUAAAGUGACUUGUAGCUGCCAAUGUCCAAAAGUUAAAAAGUGCACACAUGGACUUUACUUCAGUAACGACUCUUGCAGUUGUGAACACUCUGGGAGUUCCAGAUUCGCUUCUGCCAACGCUUCGAUCAACAUCGAGAAAUCUGGAACUAACCAAAUUCUUCCAAACGAUAGAGAUCAAAUCGAUGCUAAUCAGCUUCCACAGAUUUUACAAGCACAAAAAUAUCUAUCUAAAAAGAGAUUGUUCUUUAUCUCUUAG